UAAACCUAAACCUAAACCUAAAGCCCAUUACAAUUUACAAACAUUAGUGUUCUUCCUUAAAUUCCCAAUUGAAACCCUACAGCUUCAUUUUUCGAACAAAUUUUUCCGAUUUCGUAACAGUUCUAUACAGAGGAGAAAAAGAACUCAGAAAUUGAAUUAAAUCUAUUUGUCGAAAAUUUCUAAAAUGGCGUCAGAAGACGUUAACUAUGACAUUCCUGAGUUAGGUUCAUUUGAUCCAACAAAGAAGAAAAAGAAGAAGAAAGUAACCGAUAAAAACGUGGAACCCUUGGCUGAUACAAUGGAGAACAUGACAGUUUCUGAUGGUGCUGAUACAUCAUUUGCUGGUUUGAAGAAGAAAAAAAAGAAGCCAGUUGAUCCGAAUUUGUUUGAUGAUGAUGUUGGUGAAGUAGAAGUGAAUGAUGGAGACAUUGGAGAAGAUGGACAUGGUGAUGAAUGUGAUGAGGUGCAACUACCUCAGUUCCCUUGGAAGGGGACUGACAGAAAUUAUGUUUACGAGGAACUUCUAGGAAGGGUGUUCAACAUUCUCCGUGAAAAUAAUCCUGAAUUAGCUGGGGACAGGCGCAGGACAGUCAUGAGACCCCCACAAGUCAUGCGGGAAGGAACCAAAAAGACUGUUUUUGCGAAUUUUAUGGACCUUUGUAAGAUGAUGCAUAGGCAACCAGAUCAUGUGAUGAGCUUUUUACUAUCGGAGUUGUCAACAAGUGGUUCUUUGGAUGGACAACAACGUUUGGUGGUAAAGGGGAGAUUUGCCCCAAAGAAUUUUGAAAGGAUAUUAAGAAGUUAUGCCAAUGAAUAUGUUAUUUGUAUGGGCUGCAAGAGUUCGGAUACCAUUCUUUGUAAGGAAAACCGUCUAUUCUUCCUCAGAUGUGAACAGUGUGGCUCUGCACGUUCUGUAGCUCCUGUUAAUCGUGGGUUCGUUGCUCGUGUUGGUCGCCGUAGUGCUUAGUGAUGGAGGACGUUAUUAUUCUGGGUAUAGUAAAUAAAGUGCUCAUUUUGGUCUUCUGGGUUUUACUUCAUGUAAAUUUUUGGCAAUAGUGUGGUGGUGGUGGUGUUUUGUUUUCAGUCGGUCGGUACAACUUAAUGGAUAGAUUACUCACAAAAUAAGAAUAUCCUGUUAACUACCAUAAAUGGAUUACUUUUGAUUUGAUACCAUGUAUAUACAUUUGAAAUCACAGGUAUUUUCUAUUUUGCGUAGUUUUGUUUUAUUAUUGUCUCA